CCGGCAAGUGGCUUGAGUACGGCUGAGCGGACGGGAAGCCCUAUUUUCCACUUCCUAUGGUCGUAUGUGCUUAAAGAUGAAGAAGAGAGACUCAUAACAAGGUCCCCCUUAAUGUCAUUGGCUGUAACUAAGAUAAAACGCCCAAGUGUACUUCUCCUGGUGGUAGUAGAGUAUCACCCCCGAUGCCCGAAGUUGAAGGACUAUUACAUUACGUCUUCCAAGGUUCUACAAGGCAGAGGUUAUCAAAGGGGCGAUGAUGAUCAAUACCGGGAAGGCCUAGAUUCGUUUCAUGAUCUGGUCCGUGAAGCGUCAAUGAUGUCCUUGUUGAAUCCUCAUCUGGCCCUGGAAAAUACUACCCAUUAUUUGAUCCGAAGUCUGUUGGUUUCUAGAACCUGGCAAGAAAUGCUCGACACUUUGAUACUGGUCACGGGACGGUUGAGGCGCAUUGGGCAAAGCGCGUAG